AGAGCGUUUUUACUUUUAAAAAAUCUUUUCACUACUUCUUCAGAUGCUCUGAGGAAGACAGGUGGCAAGUGCCAAGGGACGUAAGACUAACAGAACACUGACAGGAAACAGACACAUAACGCAAAUCCUUCCAGCGACAACCUGGAUCGCUGUGAGACACAUUUAAUCGGAAAUGAUGCAGAGAAGUGCUACAACAAUCAUGUCAGAUCUUCCUCUACCCAGUUCAGGAUUCCCACACAUUCUCAUGCUGCAAGCUGACCUCUGUUUUAAAUUUGGGAGGGCCAGAAUGUACAAUGCGGUCCAUAAGUAUUUGGACAGUGGUACAAUUUCUGCUCUCUGUACUCCGGCACAUUGAAGUUGAAAUGAAAUAAUGAAUAUGAGGUUGAUGGCUGCACUGUACUAUUCUUCAAAGCAUGUAAUAUUGCCAUGGUUUCUUUUCAAAUCAUAGUCAACAAAUGAAGCUUGCACAGGCAAGAGCCAGAGGACAGUUCACAUGCAGCCCAGCAGGGGGCACACUGGGGGUUGCUGGUGCAUGAUGAGAUCUCUUUGUCCCAGCUGGCUGAAAACCUCCCUCCCACGGUGAUACUGGCUGAGCCAUGUGAAACUGCCAGCCAGUCAGCACUGGAUUUCAUACCAGCCUGUGGGGCUCAUGCAUACACUCCGGCAGGGCCUUAACACAAGCCACCAGCAGCCCGGAGAAGCCUCAUUUAUGAGCUGCUUCAUGUUUCAUGGUGAACACAUUAUUUUCACAUUAGAGAGGCCCUACAACAGCGAAUAACAGCACACACAGACACAAUUUAUAGAGGUUUUAUUUCUCCCAUAUAACAAUACAACACUCAAUAGUAUUCAAUCUCCAAUCCAGCUAACCAAAACUAAGGACUCCCUCUGAAAAUAGUGCAGGAUAAUGAUAAAUGGAUUUCAUAAAUUAACGAAUUAAAUUAUUUCAAAUGGGUUGAUGAGGCCUUAUGUCAUCUCCAGUACCAAUUUCCUUAGUUCUGGUUAUCUUACAGUUCUAGAAACUGUGUUGGUGCACUCCUGUGCUUAAACACAGACACAUCUGUAUGAUAUACCCGCAGCCUGCAGCUGCUGCUUAUAAAACUGUCAUAUCGAUUAAUUAAUUCAUAUCGAUUAAUUAAUUCAAAGCAGAAGUUGGCACAAAAUCCUGAAACGGAUACAGCCUUGUUGUGCACCCCUGAUUGAAGGCAAUGGUUCCAAACCUUGGUCCAGGUGGACCCCUGAAUAUGCUGGUUUUCAUUCCAACCACAGUUGAAAUCAAAUUGUUUGUUGACAUUAGAGGGAAAAAAUAUUUAAAUAGGUGCUUUUCAUGUUUAGAGGGAUUGUUUACCCUCUUACACCACAUUACGUCAGAAAUAGCUGAGCUUGAAGAAUACAAAUCCCAUGUUCACACUGCACUUACUGUAAACAUUUUACAGACUCAUAAUUAGCUAGGUGAACAAAUGUGUUUAAGUGCUUUCAUAUUUUCUUUUAUUAAACAUAUCAACACGUUGCAGAUUUCGUCGGUAUCGGUAUCUAUCUACCGAUUCUACCGAAUGGUUAGUUUUAGUGGCCAUGUAUCCGCUCCACACUUUCCAAUAGGAGCGUAUAGUGAUUCACCUCAGUAAAGGCCUACUCUAGCUACUUUGCCGUAUUCCAGUACUAAAUGACUGAUCGAUGGAACAAGCGUGUGGUUCGCCUGAAUGUUGGCUUUUUAGGCUAUGUUGACUUUGAAAUCCGUCCCACGCAUUCCUAAAGUCAAACACUUAUUCUAAUCCCUUUAUCUCGGUAAACAACGCAUUUUACUCCUGCGUCAGACCUACACAUUACGUCGCCAAAAAGCAUAGAACUUUCUUCACUCCUCUUCUUUCUCUUCCCCAUAUUUUCUGUCGGCUAAAAAACUAGGGCAAGCUCUGUAGUUUCUCCCAAGUUUGGUCUUCCCCUUUAAUAACAGUGCCGCUCUAUUGGCGAUUAUUGGGCUAUGUCUGCUUCCCUGGAGACUCCACGGAGGGGAGCAUGAAGUCGUACUUCAGACCAGGAUCAUGGCGGCUCCUCUCGGGCGGGACACUUUACCUGAUCACUGGUCUUACGGAGUAUGCAAGGAUGGAAGAGUUUUUUUCAUAAAUGAUGAAACUCUGUACACGACUUGGCUCCAUCCCCGUACGGGUGAACCUGUCAACUCUGGGCAUAUGAUACGGUCAGAUUUACCACGGGGGUGGGAAGAAGGGUUCACAGAUGAGGGGGCAAGCUACUUCAUAAACCAUAACCAGAGGACCGCGUCUUUUAGGCACCCUGUGACGGGCCAGAUAUCGCCUGAAAACAUCGACUUCGUCCUUCGAGAACAGCCAAACUCCUGCAUGUCCAAGCCACACCCUGACCCCAGGCCCUCCAGCAUGGUCAGCGAGUCAUCCACGGCCGUGACCUCAUCAACAGUGGACACCGCCCCGCCGACGAAGGUCAGAGAAGUUCAGGGCCCCAGGCCUGGCGUGAAGGUGCACAGCUUCGGCAAGAGGGAGCAGGCCAUCAAGAGGAACCGCAACGUGCCGGUGGUGGUGCGGGGAUGGCUCUACAAGCAGGACAGCUCUGGGAUGAGGCUGUGGAAACGCAAGUGGUUUGUGUUGUCUGACUACUGCCUCUUUUAUUACAAAGAUAGCCGAGAGGAGGCGGUCCUGGGUAGCAUUCCCCUGCCCAGCUACGUGAUCUCUCCAGUGGAGUCUGACGACCACAUCAGCCGCAAGUACGCCUUCAAGGCCAGCCACACGGGCAUGCGCUCGUACAUCUACAGUAAGAGCUCUGUGAUUGGCUCACAGGCCGAGCACAGCGGCAUGAGGACCUACUUCUUCAGCGCCGACACGCAGGAGGACAUGAACGGCUGGGUCCGCGCCAUGAACCAGGCGGCACUCAUGCAGAACCACAGCGCCAAGAGAGAGUCUGAAAAGUUGGAAAAGCUGGAGAAGUUGGAGCGACAGGCGGUCCAGCAGACCAAUCACAUCAACAGCCACAGGAAGAGCCCCGCCCUGCAGCGGGUGGAGCAGGCGGUCAGGCAGGCACCCGGGGUGGAGGCGCAGGAGCAGGACCAAGCUCCGCCGGGCGAGCAGGAGCGUCGCGGCGACCGCAAGUCCAAGACUCCGCCCGCGGUCAUCGGCGAGGCCGACGGCCCCUCAGGCCCCCCGCGGCCGGGCUCCAUGGGGCCCGCGCACGGGAACGGCGUGCCGGCGGAGCAGAACGGGAACAUGGUCUAUAAGAGGGGGCUGGUCCCGCGCUUGGACACAGAGAGACAGGUGCAGAGGAAGACCACUCUCGCCCAGGUCCAGCACUGGGUCAGAGCACAGAAGAGUGAGCCCAAGAGCAUGCCGUCCUCCGAGCACACGCUCCCCCGCCGGACCCCGCCGAUGCACCGGGGCGGCGCGGUGGAGGCCUACCAGUCGCUGCCGAAGACCACGCGGCUGUCGUCCGGCGGGAGCUCCCCGCAGGCGCCCCGCAACCUGCCCAGCGACUACAAGUACGCGGCGGACCGGCUGAGCCACUUCCGCAUGAGCACCGGGGAGCGCUCGGCCUGGCGCGAGGGCACGGUGUGGCAGCUGUACGAGUGGCAGCAGCGGCAGCAGUACCGGCACGGCAGCCCCACCGCGCCCGUGUACACGCCCGCCCCGGACUACCAGGACCCCGCCGCCUUCCGCGCGCCGCUCGACACGCCCCGCUGCGUCUCCGUGCCGCCCUCGCCCUCCGACAUCCCCCCGCCCGGCCCCCCGGCCAAGCCGCUGUCCCCCCGGAGGCCCCACACGCCGGCCGAGAGGGUGACCGUGCGGCCCCUGGACGAGAUGCCCCCGGCCGACGUCCCCGCGUCCAUCUCCCCCCUGCGCGUCAGGUCCCACGGCUCCAAGACGGCCCAGGUGGACCGACGCUCGAUGCCGGCCAUGGGCUACAUCACCCACACAGUGAGCGCACCCAGCCUGCAGGGCAAAACGCCGGAGGAGCUCACCCUGCUCCUGAUUCAGCUCAGGAGGCACCAGGCUAAGAUGGCCAGCGCGCGCGACGGUGCGCUAGCCCACCUGCAGCAGCUCAAUGGCCCCUCUCUGCCCCGUCUCCAGGCCGAUGACACUUACAUCCAGCUGAAGAAGAACCUGGAGUAUCUAGACCUGAAGAUCAAAAGUGUUGAACCUUUGAUCACCGUGGUACGCAGUGUGUUACAAAACCCGACUCAAGGUUAUCAGACCAUUGUGAACGUCACCGGACGUGAAACGUUAAAAGGCAGAUCGAUAAAACCAGUCAAAAUAGCCGAGAGUGAUGUCGAUGUGAAGUUGAGCCGGUUGUGUGAACAAGACAAGAACCUUCAGGAGCUGGAGACCAGGAUUCGCACACUGAAGGAGGAUAAGGACAAGCUGGAGUCCGUGCUGGACGUGUCCCACCAGCAGAUGGAGCAGUACCGGGACCAGCCGGCCCACGCCGAGAAGAUCGCCUACCAGCAGAGGCUGCUGCAGGAAGACGUGGUGCACAUCCGCGCAGAGAUCUCCCAGGUCUCCACGGAGAUGGAGAACGCGUGGAAUGAAUACGGCCGGCUGGAGAUGGACCUGGACCAGCUGAGGGGGGCCCUGCAAGACCAGAUGAAUAGAACCAUCCUCUCCCAGCUGGAGAAAGAGCAGAUGAGGAGGGAGCUCUGGAGGGUGGAGGACGUGCUGGCUGGCCUCAGCUCCAGCAAAGCCAACUACAGAGUCACCAUAGACUCUAUGAAGAACCCAGAGAGGAAACUCGUGCCUUCAGCCUCGUCCUCAGUGCCUUCUCAGUGUGUCAGUGCGCCUGCAGGGGAGACCGGCCCCGCCCUCAGACAUGCACAGCCAGCCAAUGACAGCAAGCCUUUGCAGCACCUGGCCCUGGACCCCCAGGGCCUGCUGCUCCACAAAUCUGUGCCAAAGUGGGCAGAGGAAGACGCCCCACCCCGCCCCCCCCUGCCGCAGGUGUACAGCCCUGAGGAGCACCCCCCCGCCGUGCCCCCCCUGCCCAAGGAGACGUCUGUCAUCAGACACAUGUCCGUCCGUGGCCUCAAACGCCAGUCCGACGAGAGGAAACGUGACAGGGAGAUCGGCCACUGCGUCAACGGCGACUACAAGGUGGAGCUGCGCUCGUACCUUAGCGAGCCUGAGCUGCUGGGAGUGGGGGUCGGCUCCAGACCGAUGGGGCCCGAGGCAGGGUACCAGACCCUGCCCAGCAGAGGGCUGGCUGGCUUUUCCUCGAGACCGAAUCAGUCCUCAAACAUCUCGUCCUACGUCACGCUCAGAAGAGGAGUCACGGCCUCCAUCCUGAAGGAGAGACCGAAGAGUGCCUUGGAGCGGCUGUACUCGGGCGAGGCGGUGCCUCGGGGCCGCAUGAGCGCUGACGAGCAGCUGGAGAGGAUGAAGAGGCAGCAGAAGGCACUGGUGCGACAGCGCAAGAGGACCCUGAGCCAGGGAGAGCGGCAGUGCUCUUCCUCCCGCACCUCGUCCUCCUCACGCCCCCUCUCCGCUGACCUGGGCUCAUGGAGGCGAGAGCAGGACUUUGAUUGGCAGCUGUUGGAGCGGGCGGUGCAGGGGGAGGAGCAGCCUCCAGAGCACCAGGAGACCCAGCGGCCGCGGUCGGACGAGUGGCUGACUGUCCGAGCCACGCCCAUGAGGGAGUUAGACCUGGAGCCUCUGGACUACGACCUGGACCUAAGUCGAGAGUUAUCUAAGCCAGAGAUGGUGUGCAUCCCUGAGCGCUAUCUGGACCUGGAACCCGAGGAGCCGCUCACCGAGCAGGAGAGAGAGGCCCGGCACCGCAAAGUGGAGCGCAUCAAGAGCAUCCUGGCCAAAUCCAGUGUUCAGAACAUAACGCCUCCGGUAGCUGUGGACAAGCCGGACGUCACAGUGCUGGACUCGGCCUUGCAGGAGCAGGAGCGGAUCAUCACCAUGUCCUACGCUCUGGCCUCCGAGGCUUCGCAGAAAAGCAAGGAGGUGGCAGCUCCGCAACAGGCCCCCCCUCCUCCUCCUCUCGUCACACGGGCGCCUCUCCCCCCUUUAAGCAAUGGAUUUCACUACACGUUUGUCUAAUACACAGCAAGCAAACAAGGGAGAGCGGGCAGAAUGUACCUGUCACCCAGGUAUAAAGCCAAAGCUGUGUCCCAACACUGAGGUGCUAACAUGUGACGAGUCACAGCAGUCUGGACCUGGAGAGACUGCAGCGCUUCAUCUGGCUUGCUUUUGAAGAUUGUUUAACAGACCUUUUAAUGCUUAACAUUUUAGUGCCCGAUAUACGACUUGUUUUUUUUUUGCAACCCUUGUUUUUUAUAUUAGAGCUCAAAAUAAAAUAAAUACUUUAUUUUCUAAAGUAAAUGGGAACUGCUGUGGAAGCCACUGUAUGUUAACUAUGGAAGUGUCUAACAAUGUUAAUAUUGUUGUAGAAAGAGGUCUUGUACAUGCUGUUGCACUUUUAAUAAUACAGUAUCAUAGUGAUUUGGAAUGUGUAUGGUUUUUACUCAGAAAAAAAACAUAAUCACUAUGCCUUGGAGUGUCGACUGCUGUUUGUGGGAUAUUUUAAGGGAAAAUUAAGAUGGACCUGAAAGUCACAGAAAGAGACAGAAAACAUUUGAUUGUAUUUUUGCCAGAUCUCAGAUGUUAUUCUUACACCAAAUCACUUAAAAUAUUAUUUUUGUGUAACCAGCACUGCCAGUGUAAGUUUCAUGUUAGCUUGCCAAACGGAUUUUAUUUUUGCUUACAACAUUGCGGAGAAAAAAAAGUCAACCUCAAAACUAUUUUCUGGAAAGAAUGUGGAGCGAAAAAGGUACAUAAUGCAAAUUUUGAAACAUGUAAAUAUUAAAUUUAUUAACUAGAUAUUUUUGCCUCAUAUUUUGUCAUUAUACCACACCUUAAGGAACUGCAAGUACAGUAUUAAAACCUUUCCUGCCUUGAAA